UGGCAGCUCAGUAUGUGUGCUGGUGAACGACCUUACCGUAGCUUCAAGCCCGCUUCUAACCAUUGCUGACAGGAUUGCCGUCCGUCGAAGAGCAAUGAGCGAGUCAACCCGUUUUAUUGCAGUCUGUAUUUUCCUGCUGUCUUACCUUAUUCGAGGGGCUUUCAGCGAGACAGCUUUCGAAUCCAACCGUUACAUGGACAGCGUGCUGACCUUAAUACUGCCGAGGAACAGUAAUCUCGAAGGAAGUGAUUUGCGGGACUUCGUCUUCACAGUGCCAGGAACGUCCUUCUUCAAUCCUGAUCUCAGAGCGGAAUUUCACGACGGCAGGGUGACAGGCCUUUUGCCUCCAGGUGGCCUAAGGAGAGAGGGGGACUGCUCACCACCAAUCCACAUGGAUGGGAAUACACACAUCACGUGCAACAUCUCAUUAUUUUACCUUAAAGCUGUCUAUGAGGGAUCCAUCAAGGGCGAAAGUCUCCUGAACAGGAAUAGGACAAUCAGCGUGGUAGCAAGCUUUCCAGAUACUCGGGCGAACCUCGAUGUAAUAUCUGGACCAGGCGUGGUUCCACACGUUGGAGCAUGGACCGUGGACCCAAUCAACAUAUACGCGACAUUCUCGAAACGACUUAACUUGGACUCUUCUCGGAAGAGGCAGUUUUUAGCACAAGUGAGGGAGCAUAUUGAGAGUGCAAUGAGGGGCUUCUUCUAUGGAAACUUGAAAGAUGCGCUGCAAAACGCUGUCAUGUACGACGAGCCACCUUCUUUUUGACCUUAUCCAUUCUUCCGCGCACUGAAAUAAAAAUUUGCAUAUUUCGUAUAUCGCAAUUAAUGCGCAUCAGCAACGCAC